GGGCCGAGGCGGUGGCAGCCUGGCUGUCCAAGCCCCUGGCAGUCCCACGCCUUCUGAGCAUCCGCCUGAGUUCUGUCUUCCAAGCCAAAGUCAGGCAGCUUACAGCCACCAGGACAUCAGGAAAGAUGGACAAGCCGCUCAUCAGCCACCAGCUGGUGGACAGUGAUGGCAGCCUUGCUGAGGCCCCCAGUGAGGUUCCCAAAGUGGGCAUCCUGGGCAGCGGGGACUUUGCCCGCUCCCUGGCCACCCGCCUGCUGGGCUCCGGCUUCAGUGUGGUGGUGGGGAGCCGCAACCCCAAACGCAUGGCUGGGCUGUUUCCCUCAGCAGCGCGGGUGACUUUCCAGGAGGAGGCGGUGGGCUCCCCGGAGGUCAUCUUCGUGGCUAUGUUCCGGGAACACUACUCCACACUGUGUGGCCUCAGUGACCAGCUGGCUGGCAAGAUCCUGGUGGACGUGAGCAAUCCCACGGAGCGGGAGCACCUUCAGCAUCAUGAGUCCAAUGCUGAGUACCUGGCCUCCCUUUUCCCCACCUGCGCAGUGGUCAAGGCCUUCAAUGUCAUCUCUGCCUGGACCCUGCAGUCUGGUCCGAGGGAUGGAAAUAGGCAGGUGCCCGUCUGCAGUGACCAGCCGGAAGCCAAGCACACUGUUUUGGAGAUGGUGCGGGCCAUGGGCUUCACCCCUGUGGACAUGGGGUCCCUGGCCUCAGCCCGGGAGGUGGAGGCCAUGCCCCUGCGCCUCUUCCCAGGCUGGAAGGUGCCCGCUCUCCUGGCCCUGGGGCUCUUCAUCUUCUUCUACGCCUACAACUUUGUCCGGGACGUGCUGGAGCCCUACGUGCAGGAGGGCAAGAACAAGUUCUACAAGCUGCCCGUGUUCGUGGUCAACACGACCCUGCCCUGCGUGGCCUACGUGCUGCUGUCGCUGGUCUAUCUGCCCGGCGUGCUGGCCGCUGCCCUGCAGUUGCGCCGGGGCACCAAAUACCAGCGCUUCCCCGACUGGCUGGACCACUGGCUGCAGCACCGCAAGCAGAUCGGCCUGCUCAGCUUCUUCUGCGCGGCCCUGCACGCGCUCUACAGCCUCUGCCUGCCGCUGCGCCGCUCCCACCGCUACGACCUGGUCAACCUGGCCCUCAAGCAGGUCUUGACCAAUAAAAGUCACCUCUGGAAUGAGGAGGAAGUGUGGCGGAUGGAGAUCUACGUGUCCCUGGGAGUGCUGGCCCUUGGCAUGCUGUCCCUUCUGGCUGUCACCUCACUGCCAUCCAUCGCAAACUCACUCAACUGGAGGGAGUUCAGCUUUGUCCAGUCCACCCUGGGCUUCGUGGCUCUGGUCCUCAGCACGCUGCACACGCUCACCUAUGGCUGGACGCGCGCCUUCGAGGAGAGCCGCUACAAGUUCUUCCUGCCGCCGACCUUCACCCUCACCCUGCUGGUGCCCUGCGUUGUCAUCCUGGCCAAAGGCCUGUUUCUCCUGCCGUGCAUCAGCCGCAGACUCACCAAGAUCCGGAGGGGCUGGGAGAAGGAUGGUUCCGUCAGGCUCACACUGCCAGUGGACUGCGCCCUGGCCCAGAAGACAAGCCACGUGUGAUGGGCCUGCACCCAGCUCCGGGGAACCAGACGCAGGCGGGAGAGUGCCCGGAGUCUGCCAGGACUUCUCAAUCAUGCAGGAAAGCAGAAUCACACACAAGUUGGUGGGCCGAGGUCUGGAUUCCUGGGAUGUGUGCGAUAAUAUUCAGAAUGACACGCCUGUGUGUGAUAUAUAUGUGUCCACAUGUAUUUCAUAUAGAUAAAAAAAAUUUACAAUUAUACUUACUUAGCUCAAAAGUUGAGUCCCUGAGAUUUCAACCUGUAGAUUUGAAAGCCAGUGCCAGAUGUUAGGAGAAGGGCAGCUCACACUUGGGACAUCUGCAGAGAGCUGAGCAGACUUGGCACAGAAAAGGCAAUGAGAGGCUGGUACUUUGAUUCCGUCCAUGUGUGCGCCUCCCUGCCCCCUGCCCAUUUUGCUCCUUUCCCUAGGGGUUGCAGAGCUGAGGCUCUAGGGUGGCAGGGCAGACAGGGGCUCUGCCUGGAGCCCAAUCCAAGUGCACAGGGCUGACCAGUCACCAGGGGGCAGGGUGCCGCCCUUCCUUCAGCUGCAGCAGAAGGCCAGGCGGGGUUGAGGGCAGUGGGGGUGAGCCCAGGUCUGUGCCCAGGGAGCCACCUGAAGCUUCAUCCUUUGCCAGGUUAGGAGGUGGGAAGGGGGAGCGACUGGGGCUGAGGCUGCUACCCCUAAUCCUCCCUGAGCUGGGGAGAUUUUUUUUUUCCUAAAAGUCAGAAAUCACCCCACCAGCUGCAAAUUGAUCCUCCUGUGGGAGUGUGAAGUCACCUCCUUAGCGGAGCCACUAAUGAACCCCGUCUUGAGAACAAGUGUACCUUUUUUUCUUUAAGUUGGUGAUGACUGUUAUUUAAACCAGUGUGCCUUCUCAGCUUGUAAAUCAUUAGUGUGAACGUCUCCCCAGGAGCAGACCCUCUAAAAGUUGGUUCAAGGGGGAGGGGGAAACAAGGCCUGCCUUUCUCAGGGCCCCAGCCAGAGGGCUGAAGGAUGGAUAGUCCUCACUGGAUUGUCCUGUGGAGGGACACUGGGGACUCUUUAAAUUUCCUGCUGCCACCAGGCAGAGAACCUGCCUUCUGAACACCCCAAAGCUAUACUGGCUCCAAGUUCCUCCUAAUGCAGGGUUAUGUUUCAAAAUAGCUAUGGGGGGUCAGGUGGGAGGUCUUUUUUCCACCAAAGCUACAAACUGGAAAUACUGCUGCCCCAAAGCACAAGAGAGGCCACAGGACAUGUGUCCUUGGAUUGUAUGCUGUCCCUCACUGAUAGAUACUGAAACCUUUUAUCUCCCCUGUGGAGAGAAACAGCUCUUCUCAGCUAAGCCCCCAACCCCUGGCAGCAUCGGGAUGACGUGUCAUCUCUGAACACAAAGGGGUGCGGUCCUGAUGGAAGACAUCAGUGAGAUGUACCCUGAAAGGGGGUGUUGGUCAUGCUUAUAUUCUUAGGUCUCCCAGGCCAGGGGGCAUCCUGUUGUCGUUCUAUCGCAAAGUCGUGUCCGACUCUUUGCGACCCUGUGGACUGCAGCUCACCAGGCUCCCCUGUCCUUCACUAUCUCCCAGUUUGUUCAGAUUCACAUCCAUUGAGUUGGUGAUGUUAUCUAACCAUCUCAUGAAAUUCAGCUGGCAAAAGCUGACCCAGGAGUGCCACAGAACAAAUGCUCCUGCCUCCCCAUGGAGACUGCAUGAGCUCAUGUCUGUGGAGCGCAUUAGGGUCCUUGAGUAAAAAGGAAAGAAAAAAAAAAAAAGGAGCCAAGUGCAAGCAUAUCUCAUUAGGCCAGUGACUGAUGGAGGGAAAGCAGUGCAGACGAAACUGCCUGCUUCCUGUGGAUGUUUUCCGUCUGCUGCUCAAGAGCCGAGCGGCAUGAGCUUGCCUCCCAGAUGGGCCCUGAUGGCGCGGCAGCCUUGGCCUCAGAGAAGCUCGCUGGAAAGGCAGUGGGCGAAGCAGAGAUUUCAGCAUUUGCUUGACAAAAAUGCCCAUCAACUUCCUGCUGAUAGGAAGCAGGGAGAACACGGGCAGCUGGGACUCACCAAGGAUUGUCAGCCCCACUCAGUACUGGCUGCCCUUUUUCUCCGGCCCUCUCUGGGCCUGGGAUGUUUCCUUACACCAAAGAUGCUGACACAGAGCCAAGUCUAACAUGCUCCCUCCCCUUCCCUGCCCACCUUCCACUGCAGGGGCUCCUCAGGGCAGGCAGGUGCAGCAGAGGGCCUGACCACACCCCAACCGGACAAUCAGCUCAUGAAAGGCAGGGUGGGCUGUGCAUUUGGCCUUGACCUGGUGUCAUCUGCUGUUCUUCCGUACCUCAUCAGGCAGCUGACAACCGCACCCCCAUGAGAGUAAGUCACUCCCUUCCAGCCUGGGAAAUUCUCUGUGCCUCUGGGUACAAAAGUGCCUGAACCAAAGUGCUCUGGAAACCUGAAAUGCCAUGGUAUGAGGUUGAACGUUUAAAAUCUAUGCUAUUGAAACUGUGUGUUUUGUUUUUACCUUAAGGAGCUUGUCUGAGAAGCAGCAAAAAUAAACACCUAGCCUUCCAUGAA